CCCUGUUGAAAAUAAUAAUGGGCUUAAAGAGAUGUUGUGUUAUAUUACUUGGUGCUGUGGGAGAGAAGGAGUUAAUAAAGUGUGACUCUUGGGUUUUUUAAAAUUUAUUUGUAAAUACACUAGUUUUAAGCUUCACAUAAUCUUACUCUCUUAUAGUCUCCAGAAGAAAAUAAACUCUUGAUCCAUAUUUGUGAGUGGGUGUUCUUUCAGUAUAUUUGGGCUUGCUAGUGAAACAAAUGUCAAUAAGAUUUUGAAAAUGUUUCAUUUUAUGAAAAAUAGGCUUGGAGGAAAUCCAAAUUACUAUUGAAUUAAACCCUAGUGAGAGAUUGAUAGAUGAGGUUCAGGACAUACUACUCCAAAAUAUGGCACCUUGGCAUAUUGAAUAUUUUAAGCUGAGGGAGUUUGAGAAAACAGCAAAGCUGAGAAGUCACUCUGACCUCCCGCACUUUGCCCUCCUUCCUUGAAAUAGGCCAUAAAAUCGUCAUGUGAGAGGUGUCCUCCCUAUACCUGGAGGAAAGGAGCAUCCUUAUCUUCGAAGACAAAGGGGCAUGAAGAAGAAUCCUAAUAAACAGGCCUUGCUCAGUAUCCCCCAGUUUAUUACACUUACCUCAUACUUAACCUAUCGUUCCUCUGCGAAUGUCCACCUUUCGUCAAACCUAGCAUAAAACCGGAAUUGAUUUAAACGUGGUCAUGCUUCAGGAAUCCAAAGUUUAUUAUAUGAAUACCAGUCAACAAUCCUGUUAUAAAAAUGUGCUUAUCCCAAAGUGGCAUGAUAUAUGGACACAGAUACAGAUUCGGGUAAAUAGUUCCAAACUGGUCCGAGUCACCCAGGUGGAGAAUGAGGAGAAACUGAAGGAGCUAGAGCAGUUUAGUAUCUGGAAGUUUUUUUCCUCCUUUUUAAAAGAGAAAUUGAAUGACACAUAUGUUAACGUGGGUCUAUACAGCACAAAAACCUGCCUCAAAGUUGAGAUUAUAGAGGAAGACACCAAGUACAGUGUCAUUGUGACCCGGAGAUUUGACCCCAAACUCUUCCUCAUUUUUCUCCUUGGACUUAUUCUAUUUUUUUGUGGUGACUUGCUGAGCAGAAGUCAAAUCUUCUACUAUUCCGCUGGAAUGAGUGUGGGAAUUGUGGCCUCUUUACUAAUCAUCAUUUUUAUGCUGUCCAAGCUUAUGCCCAAGAAAAGUCCCAUUUACAUCAUCCUGGUAGGAGGCUGGUCCUUUUCUCUGUACCUCAUUCAGCUAGUUUUUAAAAAUUUACAAGAGAUCUGGAGAUGUUACUGGCAGUAUCUUUUAAGCUAUGUCCUUGCAGUUGGAUUCAUGAGUUUUGCAGUCUGUUACAAGUAUGGGCCCUUGGAGAAUGAACGAAGUAUCAACCUGCUGACUUGGACCUUGCAGCUGAUGGGCUUAUGUUUCAUGUAUUCCGGUAUCCAGAUACCACACAUUGCCCUUGCCAUUAUCAUCACUGCACUGUGUACUAAGAGCCUGGAGUACCCUAUUCACUGGCUAUACAUCACCUACAGAAAGAUGUGUAAUGCAACAGAAAAGACUGUCCCCCCUCGUCUUCUGACAGAAGAAGAAUAUCGGAUACAAGGAGAGGUAGAGACCCGAAAGGCUUUAGAGAAGCUUAGAGAAUACUGCAACAGUCCAGACUGCUCAGCUUGGAAGACUGUUUCUCGAAUCCAGUCUCCAAAAAGAUUUGCUGACUUUGUGGAGGGAUCUUUCCACCUCACACCAAAUGAGGUUUCUGUCCAUGAGCAGGAGUAUGGGUUAGAGAGCAUUAUUGCCCAAGAUGAACUCUAUGAAGAAACAUCCUCUGAGGAGGAGGACUCAGAUUCUCGGUACCCCCACAUCACACAACAGAACAGCUUCUUGACUUAGGUGGUCGUCAGUUAUUUUUAUGUGGAUUGGUUUGGUACCUCAAUGGUCCAGGUUGCAUGUGUUGUGCAAUUGCUUCUCAAAUCUUGGAAGUAGGGUGAGAUAGUGCUGAAAUUCUCCUGCUGAAAUUAGAGGCCUGAGUAGACCUCCCUCUGGAAAUGGUCUCGGUGGUCUCUGGGGUCCCAAGGAAGCAGAGUGGAUAAAGCAGUGACUGCUUCCCAAAACGUCCCAUUGGUUAAGUUCUCGGCUCACCUUUAUAUUUCCUAAGAAACUGGAUUGCCACAGCUAGCAUGGCAUUGCAGCUCCUCUUUGAAAGUUGAUUCAGUCGUGGCAUUUCAAACUCAGAAGUGAGAACUGUUAUAUGUGAAGUAAUGCUUUCAGACUAUGGGCUGC